CGUUUUCCCAGCAGCCCGCGGGGCGAGCUGGUGACCGGGAACCGCGCAAGUUCCGCGUUGGGGAAGCCGAAGCUGCUCUGCAGGAGGAGGAGGGGGUGAGUCGUUGGGGGAGGGGAGGCUCACCCACACCACAAUUUGGGGGUGGGGUGGGGGAUGGGCCCUGCCCUCCAAGCCAGAGGAGGGUUUGGGGGGGCUUAACCCCGAGCUCCGCCCUGACUGCCAGGGUCCCUCUCUUCCUCCUAGACCCCAGUCGCACCAUGAACCUGGAGCGCGUUUCCAACGAGGAGAAGCUCAACCUCUGUAGGAAGUACUACUUGGGUGAGUGGCUGGUUCCAGCGAGAGGCAUCGGUGGUGGUUAGAUCUUUAUUGGCACCCGGCUUUUCCUCCUGACGAUCAUUGGGGGUGGGGGGUGGGGAAGAGACACACACAAUUAAACGUUAAUAGAAUAGAAGGCGCGCGGUUUAUUUCUCUCUGCGUCCAGAAUAGUAUACGCCAGAUGUUGCAAAAGAAAGUGAAAACUCCGCUAAGGAGCAGUGGUGAUAUCAAUUGACAGAAUUUCCAUUACUUCCCAAUAAGACAGCCGAAAGAAGAAAUUUGGGUGGGAAAACCAGAUAAAGGGGAGAGUGGGAAAGCUUUGGGGACUACCUCAGUAAGAAGAAGAAGAUGAUGAUGCUAAAUUUAAUGUACAAGUAGGGGUGAUCACACGAGCAGCCAGUCAACUAUAAUUAAGGAGUAAAAGGGAUGAAAAGAAAGAUGGAUGAUUAAAUGGAGAUGCAGCACACCUUGGGUUUAUUAUGAAUGUCGUGGAGGUCUGUACAUAAAUAUUCAGCGUGGAGGGAAUGCAAUGUGCGAUGGGAAAAAUGGAAGACACAUAAAUAUUAUAUAUAUAUAUAUAUAAUAUAUAUAUAUAUAUAAAUAAUGUGUGUAUAUAUAUAUAUAUAUAUAUAUACAUUAACAGAAUGAUUCCUUAAAGUUGUUUUUUUGUUUUUUUAAAAAAGCACUAUUUCACUCAGGUACAUAGAAAUUGUGAAUUUCUACUGCGGUAAGAACUGGUGUGUGUACAUUUUGGUACCUUAUUAGAAAUAUUAUGUUUUGCUUAGACGGUAAGCAGCUGUUUUUUCAAUAGGCAAAGUAAACCUUUUUGGAAAAAUAGACCUUUUCCAUUUUUGUAGCCCCCUUUUAAAAUAGGAAAGGUGAAGGCGUUUAAAAACACACACACAUAUAAAUGAGUCCUUUCUUUUCUUUGUUUCUCCAGGUGGCUUUGCUCUGCUGCCUUUCCUGUGGCUGGUGAACGUUUUCUGGUUUUUCCGAGAGGCCUUUCUGGUGCCAGCGUACACUGAGCAACUACAGAUAAAGCGCUGUGAGUUGUGGUGCAAAUCCUACAAAGUGAAAGGGCAGGAGGCGGGGCAGGUGUGGGGUCCCUCCACAUGUUGCUGAACUACAACUUCCAUCAGUUCCAGCAAGCAUGACCAGUGACCAAGAAUGAUGGGAGUUAUAGUUCAACAACUUACAGAAGGCCAAAGAUUUCCCACUUCUGCCCCAGGAGGAGAGCCCAGGCCACCUAUUUGGGCAGUGCCAGAUAGCAUAAGGAUCUAUGCUUAAAUGGAGGUGACUGUGGUCAUGGUUUUCCAUCUGUUUCCAUCCCAGAUGUCCAGCGUUCAGCCAUGGGGCUUCUUUUCUGGGUGAUCGUGCUCACCACAUGGAUCAGCAUCUUCCAGGCGCGCCGGGCAGAGUGGGGCGAGCUUGGCGACUACCUCUCCUUCACCAUCCCCCUGGGCACUCCAUGACCAAUCCUUCCUCCCUUGAUGUCACCAGCGUGGAGCUUUUAGGGUUUUUGUUUUUUCCAAUGGACUCCCUGGGUGGCAUGCGGCUCUCCCCUUCUAUGGAACCAGAGUGAGAUUGUGCCAUGGUGAACUCCGGGGAGGCUGCCUCUCCUUGCAGAAUCCUCUGUUCAGUAUGUCCUGAUCACAACCUGCGGCAGAGGUGAUUAAUAAACCUGGGGUUGCCUACAUCUGCUUGCCCACAGUGUGGUGGUAUUGGGAAGAAGUGAGAAUGGGGAUAAAAGACCAUUAGAAGAGCCUGCCAGAUCAGGCCAGCGGCCCAUCUAGUCUCUCUUAGGCAUUGCAUUAGCACCAAUGGCAGACCUUGCCCGCAAUUUUAAACAUCUGUCCUCGGCUGCAUAAAGCAGAGAGGCAGGGGUACAGUAGAAGGGCAAAAUGAAUUAUUUCUCUGUGGACAUUUGGGCUUUUAAAAAAACUAUACAUAUCUAAACAUAUAGCAAAAUAAAAAAAAUCCUUCCAGUAGAACAUUAGAGACCAACUAAGUUUGUUAUUGGUGUUAGUUUUCGUGUGCAUGCACAUUUCUUCAGAUACCUCUUUAGUUACCUGCCUGUAACUAUACAUAUAGCAGGAUAUUCUUAGACUCAAGUGGUUGGCCGCCAGGGAUUUAUUCUUCCCAGAAAAAACUUCACUUUUCUGCCUCUUGUGCAAUACUUACAAUUUCCCACUAGAAGACACCCGUGUGUGUGUGUGUGUGUGUGUGUGUGUGUGUUUGGUUUCUAAGUAAAAUUACUGUGUUUAAUUCAAAAGAAGUGAUUUCUGACUUAGCAAGUCUAUCUAGUUAGAUGAUAAUAUACUAUGGGUCUUUUCCCCUACCGCAGACAAAUCUCUCCAGCAC